CUUGAAAUCCUCGGCAAAGCAUGUAUGGGACACGUGUCAACGCGGUAGGCAGUAAAAGAGUCAAAUAUUGCGAACACCAUCUUGGUUUUUGAUAGGAGAAAAGAACCUUCAACCCAACAUCUGAUCGAAGUAUUCUUGCAUUUUCUUAGUUAAAAAUGCACAGUAAAAUCGAGAAAGAAAGGCUACAGCCGUCACCAUGCUCAUCUGCAUCAGCUAUUCAGCUUACAAUCGUCACUGGUUCAAAGUUUUUCCUUCUUAUCUUCUUUUCUUCCCAUCAUCAAACAUCUACAAGGCCACAAAUGGUUACUGAAGAACAUUUAAUGAGGCCUGCGCAAUCACACAGAACCCUCAACGGCUCAACCACCCUCUUAAUUGUGAAUGACUAAUUAUACUCGUACCCAUGUGAACAAUGGGUAAUGGAAUUCUUUUUAUUCGGCACAAAACCGUAUGAACACAACCCAUUUGAUCAAAUGUCUAUUUGAAGCGGUGGAUGGUUUAGAUAUCUGUACAAGUAAUUGGUGUCCUUUCAACACACUGGUGAUAUCCAAAGUAUGGGUUUCAUGGUUCAGAUUUGUCUGGACCAUGAGUUUGUUGCUUGUUUUUGCAGAUAGUCAAUCUACUCAUCCUGAUGAAGUGACAACACUGAGGGCUAUUAGGCAAAGCUUUAUCGAUCCAAACAGUAAGCUUAGGAACUGGAGGCGUGGAGAUCCAUGUGUAUCAAAUUGGACCGGAGUCUUGUGCUUCAACAAAACCCUAGACGAUGGUUAUCUUCAUCUUCGAGAACUGCAACUACUGAAUCUCAAUCUUUCUGGAACUUUAUCUCCAGAAAUAAGGCGAUUAUCUUAUAUGCAAAUAUUGGAUGUCAUGUGGAACAACAUAGGUGGGAGUAUACCAAAAGAGAUAGGCCAACUUACAUCCUUGAAAUUCUUGCUCUUAAAUGGAAACAAUCUAACAGGCUCCUUGCCAGAAGAGAUUGGGAAUCUCACCAAUUUGAACCGCAUACAAAUCGAUCAGAACCACAUAUCUGGACCAAUACCAGUCUCAUUUUCAAAACUGAACAACACAAAGCACUUUCAUAUGAACAAUAACUCACUUAGUGGUCAAAUUCCUCCUGAGCUAUCUAGAUUGCCAAAUGUUGUUCACCUGCUUCUUGACAAUAACAACUUAUCAGGCUAUCUUCCUCCUGAGCUCAGUAAACCACCAUACCUAAUUAUACUUCAAUUUGACAACAACCACUUUGAAGGAAGCAUACCUUCCUCUUAUGGCAACAUGCUUCAACUGGCCAAGUUGAGUUUUAGGAAUUGCAACUUGCAAGGACCAAUCCCUGAUCUUAGCAGGAUACCGCAUCUUACUUAUAUAGACCUGAGUGAUAACAAUCUUAAUGGAUCCAUACCACCCGUGAAUCUUUCUCAUGAUAUCACAACAAUCGAUCUGUCAAGGAAUCAGCUUACUGGAACAAUUCCUCCCAUCUUUUCAGGCCUUCCUAAUCUACAAAGAUUGUCUCUUUCCAACAAUUCAUUAAAUGGCAUAGUUCCAUCCAAUAUUUGGCAAAAUAAGACUUUCAAUUCAACCAAAAAACUUACAGUGGAUGUGAAAAAUAACAGGUUUUCAGGCGUUUCAGGCAGCCUUAACCUCCCUCCAAAUGUCACCCUUAGUCUUCAAGGGAAUCCGGCAUGCUCCAAUGCCAGCUUGGCACAAUUCUGUGAAUCUUUAACCACAUUAGUCAGUCAUCUGCAGAGCAUUCCAUCAAACUCAACUGACAAAUGUCCACCAGAAUCAUGCCCAAAUAACUUUGAAUAUGCUCCAGGCUCUCCUACUCCUUGCUUCUGUGCUGCACCACUGCUUGUUGGGUUUCGGUUGAAGAGUCCUGGAUUCUCCUAUUUUGAGACAUAUUUCUAUCCAUUCGAGGUCUACCUAACCUCUGGUCUUGAAAUCAAUCAUUUUCAACUUGAUCUCACCUACGAAUGGCAAAAAGGUCCUCGACUUGGAAUGUAUCUAAAGCUUUUUCCGGUGUAUACAGUACCUGGUUCUAAUGUCUUCAAUAGGAGCGAAGUACUCCGGAUUCGAAGCUUGUUCACACAAUGGGAAAUUCCAUAUAACAAAUUCUAUGGACCAUACGAGCUUCUCAAUUUCACACUAUCGGAUCCAUAUAAAAAUUACUUUCCUACCACUUCACCCUCUUCUGGUAUAAGCAAAGGUGCAGUUGCAGGCAUCGUGGUAGGGGCGAUUGUAGGUGCGGUUUUGGUCUCUGCGUUCGUGUCAGCUUAUAUCUUACGAUCGCAUCGGAAGAGGUACGAUGCAGUGUCAGGAAGAAGCCGUGUUUCUAGGGCAUCCAUUAAAAUCGAAGGAGUGAAAAGCUUCACGUUUGAAGAAAUGAAACACGCUACAAACAACUUCGAUGUUGGCAGCGAAGUCGGGCAUGGUGGGUAUGGAAAGGUGUAUAAAGGCGUGCUCACUGAUGGGACAGUUGUCGCCAUUAAACGAGCCCAGGAGGGAUCACUACAGGGUGAACAUGAGUUUCUAACGGAAAUAGAAUUACUGUCGAGAUUACAUCAUAGAAAUCUGGUUUCUUUGCUUGGAUUCUGCGAUGAAGAAGGCGAUCAGAUGUUGGUUUAUGAGUUCAUGUCUACUGGCACUCUCAGAGAUCACUUAUCAGUUACAGGAAAAUAUAAAGAAUCAUUGAGUUUUGCUAUGAGAUUAAGAAUCGCAUUGCAUUCAGCAAAGGGCAUUCUCUACCUUCAUACCGAAGCUAACCCUCCAAUAUUUCAUCGCGACAUUAAGGCCACAAACAUCUUACUCGACUCAAAACUCGUAGCAAAAGUUGCUGAUUUUGGUCUUUCAAGACUCGCUCCUGUAAUUGACAUUUCCGGAAUUGCCCCCGGUCAUGUGUCGACAGUUGUUAAGGGCACUCCUGGCUACCUUGAUCCCGAGUAUUUCCUGACACAUAACCUAACUGAUAAAAGUGAUGUUUAUAGCCUUGGUGUUGUUUUUCUCGAACUCUUGACAGGGAUGCACCCAAUCACACAUGGCAAGAACAUUGUUCGAGAGGUUAAUAUUGCGUAUCAAUCUGGCAAGAUAUACUCGGUUGUUGAUGCAAAUAUGGGAUCUUAUCCGCCUGAAUGUGUUGAAAAGUUUGCAACUUUGGCCCUCAAUUGUUGUUGUGAAGACACGGAUGGGAGACCAUCGAUGGCUGAAGUUGUUAGGGAAAUUGAAAACAUAUGGCAAAUGAUGUUAGAUCUUGACCCCAGGACCAUUGACUCCGAACCUGUGUCUUCUCAGUGUUCAUCAUUAACAAAGAACAUGUUUCUGGUUUCCUCAGAUAUCUCAGGGAAUGAUCUUUCUAGUGGUGUUAUCCCCACCAUAUCACCUAGAUGA